AUGAGUUUGUUCAAUUUUGGUUUUACCAGUAAAGGAACGAGAAAUAAAAGACCCCGUGAGGAACAUGAAGCUGGGGAUCAAAAUAACAAUUCCAAAGACGGAACCUAUGACAAGAAGAGAGUUCGCGAAUUCCAAAGCCACUGGCGUGAUGAUAGGCCGUGGCUUGAUUACAAUGAUGAUACGAAAACGAUGUUUUGUUCAUUUUGUCAAAGUUUUCCGAUUACGGCGGACAAGUCAAAUGCAUUGACUAGAGGAACAACAAACCUGAGAAUCGAACCGAUUAAGAUCCACGAGAGUACCCCUGAACAUUUUUCUUGUCACAGAUUAUGGUUGAAGAACAAGGGGUUUGAUGUACCAAAAGCCAAACUAGCUGACACAGCACUAGGAAAGGCAAUCAUAAAAAAGAAGUGUACACCGGAGCAAGCAAACAGAUAUGCUGUCCUUUUCAAUACAGCUUAUGCUGUGGCCAAGCAAGGAAAACCUUUCAGUGAUUUUCUCUAUGUAAUGGAUAUUCAGAGAAAGAAUAAAGUUGACAUUGGUGAACAAUAUUUAAAUUUAGAAGGGUGUAAGCUAUUUAUUAGGUGGAUAACGAAACAAAUGAAACAAGACCUUGUCACAGAAAUCAAAAACUCGCCUUUUAUGAGUAUUUUGUCAGAUGGAAGUACAGAUACAGGUGUUUUAGAACAGGAAAUUGUGUAUGUUAGAUAUGUAGAUGUCAAAGAAAUGAUUCCUGUUACUACUUUUGUAAAUAUUAUAGAGCUUAAAAGUGCAGAUUCUGAAGGUGUAUUGAAUGCAAUUUUAUCUGCUUUGGCAGAUUUAGAGUUUGACAAAGAUAGCUUAAAACAUGACACAGAUGGGCCAAAACUUGUAUGUGCAAAUUUUGAUGGGGCGUCAGUAAAUUUUGGUUCAAAAUCUGGGGUGUUCCAAAAAAUUAAAGAGUUUGUUCCUGAGGUGAUAGGGAUACACUGUAUAGCACACAAGUUAGAGUUAGCUGUUCUUGAUGCUAAUAAAAAAUUUAGCUACAUGUCAACAUUUGAAGCAACUGUUAAGGGUGUAUUCAAAUUUUAUUUUUUCUCUCCAAAGCGCAGAAGAGAACUAAAAGAGAUCAGUGAACUGUUUAACAAUGACUUUGCCCAUCUUGGGCACAUCAAGGGUGUAAGGUGGCUUUCAAGCAAAGAGAGAGCUUUAAAAGCAUUAGUAAAAAAUUUAGAGGCUGUUGUUGCACAUUUGGAACACUCUUUUGAACGUGGUGGUAGGGCAGAUGAUGCCAACAAGGCAAAGGGUUACCACACAGAAGUCACCUCUUUGCGCUUCCUCAAAGUGUUGUAUUUUCUAUUAGACUUUUUGCCUAUAUUGGCAAAGUUAUCAAGAGUUUUUCAAGAAGAGAAAUAUCUUAUUUUUGAGAUUUCUGAACAUGUUGAUAUUGUUUUGGCCCAGCUGGAACAAUUGAAAAGGUCUGAUGGCAAACAUAUGAAAGAGUUUAUUACAAAAUUAGAUUUGGAGAACAGAAUGUUUGGUACAACUAUCAAAUUGCAGAGUAGGGGUUUCAAAUCUGUAGAUUUUAGGAAAGAAAAAGACCUGCACCAAUUGUUAGAUGAUACUAUCUCUUAUGUCAAAUCAAGGUUUAGCAACAUGUAUGAGAAACCCCUCUCACUCCUAAAUAUUUUCAACUUUCAUCACUGGCCUUUAGGCAGGGGGUAUGAAUUAGCUGAGCAUGGGAUGGAAGAAUUGCAGGAGCUAGUUUCACACACCCAGUUUCAGAAUAUAUUGUCUGAGGAUGAGAAAUUGGAAAUAAAUGAGCAAUUUACUGCUAUGAAAAUGUACAUUAGUCAUUUGAGAACAAAUGGUCUGUUAGAUGUUUAUUCUCUCUUUUUAAAAAAAAUGGUUACAGAGAGAGCUGGUGAUGGCAAACAAAUGUCAGCGUUAGAAAAACUUGUGCUGUGGCUCUUUACAGUUUCUCCAUCUACUAGUAGCUGUGAGAGGGGUUUCUCAACAUGCAAUGUUAUUAAAAAUAAGUUGAGAACUGUAUUAACAACUGAAUCUUUGCAAAAUCAAUUAUACAUAAUGACAAAUGGUCCAACUUUAGACCAAUUUCAUGCUGGAAAGUGCAUAGAUUACUGGUUUGCAAACUCUGUUGGCACACCUCACUCCAGUGGACAUAAGUUAAAAAACAGAGAAGAUGAAUCUGAGAAUGACACAUUUCUUAUUUCAGGAAAAUAA